UCAAUGUAAGCGCCGGGAGUAGUUGGUGCACCCACCCGCGUUGAAGCACAAUUUAAUCUGUGGUCGACUAGAGAUUAGAGAACAGGAGAGGAAGAGUUUGCCCGUCGGCGUUUGAGAUGGCUUGGCUCACUCGAUUCUUGGCGGCUGUGGCUUUCUUAGCCAUCGGAGUUAUAUUCUCUCCUGAAAUCUUCGGAUCAAAAUCGGAUUCUUCCAAUUCAAUCAAACUAUCAACCUACCUCAAAUUGGCGCAUCUCCUCAGCUUCUCCACUGCUUUCGGUGCCGCUCUAUGGGUCACCUUUAUCGGUGGAAUUAUUAUGUUCAAGAAUCUCCCGAGGCAUCAAUUUGGUAACCUGCAAAGCAAGAUGUUUCCGGCAUAUUUCUCUACGGUCGGUAUCUGUUGUGCGAUAUCGGUGGCGUCGUUUGGGUAUCUACAUCCUUGGAAAUCUUCGUCCACUGCGGAAAGAUACCAACUUGGCUUCUUGCUUUCGUCAUUCGCAUUUAACCUUGCUAAUUUGUUUGUCUUUACACCGAUGACCAUCGAGUUGAUGAGGCAGAGGCAUAAAGUGGAGAGAGAAAAUAACAUUGGAGAAGAAAUUGGUUGGUCAAAAAAUGUUGAAGUGGCAAAGAAGAAUCCAAAGCUUGCAGCUAUGAAUAAAAAGUUUGGAAUGAUUCAUGGAUUAUCUUCCCUUGCUAAUAUCAUGUCCUUUGGCGGCCUUGCUAUGCACUCUUGGUACUUGGCAGGUAAAAUGGAUCUCUGAUCCAGCUUCUGCUUCCCUUUCUGUGGAGGAUUGUCGAGCUCAUAGCUUGUUGUUUUGACUACAACACGAUCCCAGAGCCACUGUUCAUGAGUCAGCUGCUGCUUGUUUCUGGCCUAUAAGGAUGAAAAAAAAUUAUAUUUAUAAUAUUUAUAUAAUGUGUGAAAAUAUACUGUGGGAAGUAUUACAGCCUAUAGCGCAUUGCUUGUUAGAUAUUUCUGUUCUCUGAGAGAACAUUGUGGCGUUCGACAGAAACACUGGAAUUAUUCGUCUUCACAGGGAAAUAAGCAAGUUUUUAUACCA